AUAACAGUGAUGCUUGUCGAUAUUUUACAAAAUGCGUAUGAAUUUUAUAGUGAUGGGCAUUCAUAUCCAUAGAUUUUAUUGGAUUGAAAACACGUGUUUAGGAAUGAAAGCAAAUUACAGUAUUUCACUGUAUAAUAUUUUCUGACAAACAUGUCUAGUCAAGACGGCUUGCAGGACUUGGUAGAAGAAAUGCUUCGCGGUGGAAGCUCAACCUCAACAUCACUUAUGCGGUUUGAGUUCAUGAGAGUUGCCUCCUUCCAUAAUUUUCCCGAUGGUCUACUAGUCAGCGCACUCCGUCUUGCCAGAGCUGGGACUUACUACACUGGAUAUGGCCGUGAGUGUCGAUGUUACUUCUGUGGAUUUAGUCAGAGUGAUUGGAGCUGUGGGAUUAAUCGAUCUCACUUCGAUCAUUCGUUUGACGGUAGCACAACGUCAACAAAUGUACCUAUUCCCAGGGUAUAUGUAGAGGAGAUAACAGGCGAACCUCAGUCUGUGACACCGGAAGUUAGUGAAUAUCGCCCAUUACCGAUACAGCGAAAUGAUGAAUCUGCAAUCUCAAACGCUGGUCUUAGCAGGUCGAUUCUGCAGAAUAACAAUAGCAGAUACACAGACAGAUUGAAUACUUUCACAAACUGGCCAAGUCAAAUAUCCCAGAGGCCAUAUGAGUUGGCGGCGGCUGGAUUUUUCUACUCUGGCCGUGGGGAUAGAGUUCAGUGUUCUUUCUGUGGUGGACAACUGCAUCAAUGGGAACGAUCUGACGUCCCUUUCCAUGAGCACCUCCGUUGGUUUCCUGACUGUCCAUUCGUUAAGCAAUGUUUUCAGCAGCCAUUUAGCAUUGUACCUACAAGUGUGCCAUCAGGUGUCGACCUCAGGGUAAUCAGAAAGGUUUUACAAUAUGGAUACGACCAAACAGAUAUUAAGAAAGCAAUCUGUGAACUAAGCAGCAGAAUGGUCACAGAAGAAAUCACUGCAUUGGAGAUCCUGAAGUUUCUUUAUCAGGGGGGACCACGAAACUGAGGAGUUUCAUCAUUCAAAUUUUGGGCCUUGUGUGGUCUGUGUCAGUGAGAACAGGGGCACGCUGUUCCUACCUUGUACUCACAUCUGCUGCUGUCGUGGUUGUGG